AUGACUGAUGAACUGAAUGCCAAAGAUGAUCGGAGAGGGAGCCAGGAGGAUGGUGGUGAAGAAGAAGAAGAAAUCGCCGCGAUGAAAAGACGCGUUGCCGAGAUGGAGUCAGAGGCGGCCAAGCUACGAGAGAUGCAAAGUCAACUCGAACAGCAAUCCGAGAGCGUACCCAGGGAAGACAGAGAAGACGUCGACGCGCGAAGCAUCUUUGUUGGCAAUGUGGACUACGGCGCUACGCCAGAAGAGAUUCAAGCACACUUUGCAAGUGGACCGGGAUCAAUAAACCGAGUCACCAUACUGCUGGACAAGUUCACUGGUCAUCCAAAGGGGUAUGCAUAUGUGGAAUUCUCAGACCCGGGUUUGGUGGCACAGGCGUUGGUUCUUAACGAGAGCCUCUUCCGCGGCCGAAAUCUGAAGGUCGUACCCAAACGCACCAAUCUUCCCGGCAUGGCCCGUGGUCGUGGGGGGCGAGGCGGCACCCUACGUGGAGGACGUGGUGGUGGAUUUGGAGGACGAGGAGGAUAUGGAGGCUAUGGUGGUGGCUAUGGCAAUUCACGAGGUGGUCCACGAGGUGGCUUUCGAGGACGAGGACGUGGAUAUGCCCCUUAUUGA